AUGCACGAAUACCAGAUUCUUGAGGAGCGCAAUAUGGAUGCCUUCGAGUGGUUGUUUGCCAAGCUUGGUGAUCUUCGGAACCGAAAGGCUCUGCCGAACUUUCCGGCAAACGAACAACGCGUAAUGACCGCAAGAAGAGCGACAAGAAAUUUGCUGUACAACACGGACCAGUACAAUACGCUGAUCAAGAGUCUACGCCUGGAGCUGGAGAAGGCCCAGAUUCGUACCAAGAUGAACGGCUUGCACGACCGUCAGAAGAAGCAAAAACAACGUAGGCUACCGGUGCGGAGGAGCAGAGGAAGCGUGAAGCCGCUCAGAACAUCCAUCAUAAGCAAGCUGCCUUCUGUUUCAAGGCUCUCGAAGCUUGCAAAGAAUGAGCGCGAAAAAGAGCGCUACGAGAAGCAGCUUAGCACCACUCUCAUUCUGUUCUUUGAUGUCGUGCGCGAUCAGUCUGUGCGUAAUAGCGAGGCCUCAAUUGCCAACGACUUUAUUGUGCACUCGUAUGGUAUCUUCCAAGACCAGAAGAACAAGAUACCGCGCGAGCUCGUUGACUUGCACGCAGACUUUGUGAAGAUUCAAGAGCCUGAGCUUUUGGAGGGGGAAGGUGACAUCGUCAAUGAUGAGUGGAUGAAGCUUGCCAAGGAAUGUGAGCACUGGACCAGCAACCGUGCGAACAUGAAGCGCGAGGACAAACUAUGUUGUGACGACGAUGCUCGCUACAAGCAGGAGCACGAGUAUGUGCGUCUGGAGGCCGAAGCUCGAUAG